CAAGCAUUGAGAGCAUCCUCCCUUCGUCUUCUCACUGGCGUAAGAUAAUUGGAAAUUUGGAACCAAUUAACCACAUGGCAUAAGAUAAUUGUAACUAAUUAGCCACGUGGCGUAGGAUUAUUUUCAGUCUUUUACCAGAGUCGUCGUUUAUUCUUCUUUCCUAGCUUUUACCAGAAUCGUUAGGCUAAAAAUCAGAUUUUUGUUUUUAAUUUUUUGGCUUUUUUAUAUUUACUUAUUUGAACACGCUUGCUUAUUAUCGAUUUUGAGUUAUUUUUCAAUGUUCUUCGCAUUCUGGUCAGCUAGAAUUUUCGAAUGUUUAAUCCGUUACCUCUGUAAUUGCGGAUUGGUCUUCGAUGAAAUGGAUCUGAAGCCCUAGUUUGGAUACUCAGAUCUGGUUCUUGGAUCAUGUAACCUUCUGUUAAGUGCAGUAGAGAGGGUGUUGACACUUGACAGCGGAAUUUUGCUUCUUUUGCUCUUGUUGAACCCUAAUUCUUAGUUGAUCGGUUUCGGACUUAGUUGUGCUUUAGCUGAGGAUUCGUAGGGCGAAUGGCGUCGGCGAAGUUGUCUAGGUCGAGGGUCCCGGCGGGUAAAGGAUCAGCGGCGAAUGGACAUGCUCUAGAGAACGGCGUGCAUCUUGAGGACAAGCUGAACGUGUUCAUGAUCAAUAGUUUUGAUCCUGACGGCUAUGUUCAAUCUAAAUGUCAGUCACUGAAUGAGAAGGAAAUAAGACAGUUAUGCACACAUCUUAUAGAUCUGAAGAAGGCUUCUGCAGAGGAAAUGCGUAGAAGUGUUUAUGCCAACUAUACUGCUUUCAUACGCACAUCAAAGGAGAUAUCAGAUUUAGAGGGGGAGCUUUUGUCCAUCAGAAACCUUCUAUCUACUCAGGCAGCUCUAAUUCAUAGUUUAGCUGAAGGAGUCAAUAUUGAUACUUUGUCAAACAAUUUCUCUGAAGGUUCUCCAGAACAUGGCAUAUCUAAAUUUGAAGGUAGGGAGUCUUCUGACACAGAGAAAUGGGCAGUGGAGUUCCCUGAUCUACUUGAUGUUUUGCUAUCUGAGAGGAGAGUGGAUGAAGCUCUGGCUACACUUGAUGAAGGUGAAAAAGUAGUUGCAGAAGCAAAAGAGAAGAAAAAACUGAGUGCAGCUGCAAUUAUCUCAUUACAGACUGCCCUUACUGAACGGAGGCAAAAGUUAGCUGAUCAGCUUGCUGAAGCUGUUUGCCAACCUUCUACCCGUGGUGUUGAGCUUCGUGCAGCUGUCUCAGCUCUUAAAAGACUUGGAGAUGGUCCCCGUGCUCAUACAUUGUUACUCAAUGCACAUUACCAAAGAUUUCAGUAUAAUAUGCAAAGUCUUCGUCCUUCAAACACCUCAUAUGGAGGAGCAUAUACUGCUGCCCUCUCACAGCUGGUUUUCUCUGCCAUUGCUCAGGCAGCAAGUGAUUCUUUGGCUGUUUUUGGCAAGGAGACAGUAUAUACAUCUGAGCUUGUGAUGUGGGCUUCGAAGCAAACAGAGGCUUUUGCAUUGCUUGUCAAGAGGCAUGCAUUGGCCUCAUCAGCAGCUGCUGGUGGACUAAGAGCUGCUGCAGAGUGUGUUCAUAUAGCAUUAGGUCAUUGUUCAUUGUUGGAAGUCCGUGGUUUGGCACUUUGUCCUGUGCUCUUGAAGCUCUUUAGGCCUAGUGUUGAGCAAGCAUUAGAUGCUAAUUUAAAACGAAUUGAAGAGAGCACUGCUGCACUAGCUGCUGCUGAUGAUUGGGUGCUCGCAUAUCCUCCAGCUUUUACACGUCAAUCUGGUAGAACUUCAAAUGCAUCUCUUGGUUCUGCAUUAUCUUUCCACCAAAAGCUUUCAAGCAGUGCCCACCGGUUCAAUUCGAUGGUACAGGAUUUCUUUGAAGAUGUAGGACCACUCCUUAGUAUGCAAUUGGGAGGUCGAACACUGGAAGGUGUGUUUCAAGUAUUCAACUCAUAUGUGAGCUUACUCAUUAAUGCAUUACCAGCUUCAGUAGAAGAAGGAAAAUUGGAAGGCUCUGGAAAUAAAAUCGUCCGGAUGGCUGAGACUGAAUCUCAGCAGAUUGCUUUGCUAGCAAAUGCAUCUUUGUUAGCAGAUGAGCUGCUACCACGUGCAGCCAUGAAGCUUUCCCCACUGUACCAGUCUGCUAUCAAGGAUGAUCCUCGUAAAAGAGCUACUGACAGGCAAAACCGUCACCCUGAACAAAGAGAAUGGAAGAGGCGCCUCCAGCGCUCUGUUGAUAGGCUAAGAGAUAGUUUUUGUCAACAGCAUGCUCUUGAUCUUAUUUUUACUGAAGAUGGUGAUACCCAUCUAAGUGCAGACAUGUAUAUACAUAUGGAUGGGAAUGCAGAUGAAAUGGAGUGGUUCCCCUCUCAAGUAUUUCAGGAUCUUUUUGCAAAACUUAAUAGGAUAUCAAGCAUAGCUGCAGAUAUGUUUGUUGGCCGAGAAAGGUUUUCUACUCAGCUAUUGAUGAGACUUACAGAGACUAUUAUGUUAUGGCUUUCAAAUGACCAAAGCUUUUGGGAUGAUAUUGAGGAAGGACCUAGGCCUUUGGGUUAUCUUGGCCUUCAACAGUUUUAUCUGGACAUGAAGUUUGUUAUUUAUUUUUCAUCCCAAGGGCGUUACUUAUCCCGGCAUUUGAAUCAAGUUAUCAAUGACAUUAUAGCUAGAGCAAUUGCAGCAUUUGCUACAACUGGAAUGGACCCUUAUAGUGUACUUCCAGAGGAUGAAUGGUUUAUUGACAUUUGUCAAGAAGCAAUAGAGAGGUUGACUGGAAAAUCAAGAGCUGUCAAUGGGGAUCGGGAUCCCAAUAGCCCAACUGCUUCGGUCUCAGCACAAUCAAUUUCUUCUAUCAGAUCUCAUGGAAGUUCCUAGUGCACUAGCCUUGUAGACUAGAAGUGAAGCAAAACUGGUCGGAGAGUGGGCAAACUGGUUACUGCUAUUGAUCAACCAGCAGAUGCCCUAUUUCAUGCUAGAUCCUGCUGGUGGUUGUGUUCAUAUAUCCUUGUAUAAAUAGUAAGCAUUUUCCCCUUUUUUCUCCAAUUUUCCUUCUUGUACUAGUGCAAGAUCAUUUCUUUGCUUGAUGCUUGUGUGGUCAAGUUCAGGAAUUUUCCUUUUUCACUCUUCCAGUUCUAGUGAGAGUAUGGAAUUUGUAAAUGUUGAUGAGUUAAAUACUUUGAUCCUGACUCUUGAUUGUACCAUUCCUUCAUUUCUUGCUAUGGUAUUCUGUUCAUUUGACAUGCCUCAAACAAACUGAAGGGCACACUGUUGUGCUUACAAUGUAUUAUAUUUUCCAGCUUUUAAUUAUGUGAUUUUAGCCACAAAGCGCAUUUUGAUGUUCUAGUGAA